UUUCUGUGCAAUGAAGACCUAUUUAGUCACACUUCACACCGAGACACCACAAAUGAAGCUAACAACACCGACGCAACAACAACAGCGGCAUCAGCGCUCAAUCAGUCCUACCGCUAUAUGCUGGAGCAAUUCGAUGCGGCAGUACAGAGAGCACGCUACAAAUGUCAACCAAUUCCGAAGUACACGACGGCAGGGGCUAAUGCGGUGGCGGAGAAUGACCUUGGUGAAGGAUUUGCGGCGACAAUGGCCGAGGAGUCCUUGUCCGACAGUGUCAGCGCGGACGCAGUCAAUUGCGCAAUAAAUACCGAAGUAGUAGUGCAACAGCUGCGGCAACCAGUGGCCAAUUUUAAUUUGGCACUAGCGCAGCAACAACCAUUACAGGGUGAUCAGCAUAUUAGUCGUUUAGUUGAUAGUAGUAAUAUUACCACAGCAAAUGCACAAUGUAAAGUAGUACAAAGACAGUUACUAUACUGUGAUGAGUCGACGGCAGCGAAUGGCAUUUUCGAUAACGGUAUACGAUUAACGGACGCAGAUGUUGCCACGGCAGCCACAACAGAAAAUGUAAAUUUUGUUGCAAACAAUGGCCGCGGCAAUGCGUCCAUAGUAGAUGAUUUCAUUUGUUACCUGCGCAUACAAUACGAGGACCUAACCGCCUCACUCUCCCCAACACCCCCAACAAGCAACGCCGACCACGCUGUAUUAGACGGUUUGUUGCAACAUAAUUUGACUGAUAGCUUAAGCGCCAGCGCUGGAAUCGGUGGUAAUCCACUGAAUAACGCUUGGCAGCAUUUUAUUAACAGCAACCGUAGUAGAUGGAAUGCCAGUGAUUUGUUGCCACAACUCGGCGCUCAGUUGGUCAAUUCAACAGCAAUGCAAGCGAACUACAGUUGGUUGGCGGGCGCUUAUGAUGAUGCGUUCUGGUCGUGGAAUGCCUUUGAUGAGCUCAACGCUGACAAUGCGUCCGCGCCGGUUAGUGAUAUCAGCAGCAGCAUCGGUGACAGCACAACCAGCGACAGUGGCAGCACAUCACUAUCGUCGCUGUGGGGUCCACGUAAACUCAGCAAUGACUAUUCAUGGGGUAAUAAGCUAACGCGCCAACAUGAUUAUAAGUGGAUAUUUCUUUGUGUCAUAUUCUUCAUAUUCGCCGGUGGUCUUGGCAAUAUGCUAGUCUGUUUGGCGGUGGUACGCGAUAAGAAAUUACAAAAUGUCACCAACUAUUUCCUUUUCUCGCUGGCAAUAGCCGAUUUGUUGGUCAGCUUGUUUGUGAUGCCGUUGGGUGCGAUACCGGCAUUUUUGGGUUACUGGCCAUUGGGCUUCGUUUGGUGUAAUAUUUAUGUGACAUGCGAUGUGUUGGCUUGCUCGUCAAGUAUUUUGCAUAUGUGUUUCAUCAGUCUGGGACGAUAUUUGGGCAUACGAAAUCCGUUGGGAACGCUGCAUCGUUCGACUAAGCGUUUGGCUGGCAUAAAGAUCGCCAUUGUGUGGGUUAUGGCAAUGAUAGUAUCCAGCUCGAUAACAGUUUUGGGCCUCGUCAACAAGCAUAAUAUCAUGCCGGCUCCUAAUAUUUGCGUCAUAAAUAAUCGCGCUUUCUUCGUAUUCGGCUCGCUUGUGGCGUUCUACAUUCCUAUGCUAAUAAUGCUAACAUCAUAUACUCUGACUAUACCGCUACUCCGGAAGAAAGCUCGCUUUGCAAUUGAGCAUCCAGAAAGUGAACUCUUUCGACGUCAUCCCAAUCGACGUGGCCCGGUGCGUGUGCGCGUUUCACAACCGCAAUUGGGUUAUUCUAGCAACGGUGGCACGGCGGGAGGUGCGCUGAUCAACAGCGGUGGCGGAAACGAGAGUAGUCUACGAAAGGAUGUCAUUAGCAGCAUCAGCGGCAGUACGGCCAACAACAAUGACAGUGGCAGUGCAAUGCUAGCGAAGCAGCACGGCGGCACUUGUGAACAGAGCACCCAAACACCCGAGUUCAUAAUGCGUGAGACACGACGCCACAAGCUAAAAGCAUUUAAAUUCUCACUGAAUAAUGUUACGACGCCAGCGUUGAAUUUGUGCUUCCUGAAUAAUCGCAAUAAACGCAAUAGCUUAUCCGCUAAUGCAGUAGCCACCGAACAGAAAGCGACCAAAGUGCUCGGUCUAGUCUUCUUCACCUUCGUCCUUUGCUGGUCACCGUUUUUCAUUUUGAACAUCAUUUUUGCCGUUUGCCCCACCUGUCAAGUGCCCGAACAUGUUGUGGACACAUGCCUCUGGCUCGGUUAUGUUUCAUCAACCAUUAAUCCCAUUAUCUAUACAAUUUUCAAUCGAACAUUUCGCGCGGCUUUCAUACGGCUACUAAAAUGCAAUUGCGAGCGCUCCGGUCGGCCAUCGCGCUAUCGUUCCGUCACAGAAGGACGCGGCGCAUUAAGUCUGUGCGCACCAUCCGCCCUACCGUUGGCCAUUUCAUUUCAAAGUCCACCUCUGAUGACACCAUCAACCACAAAUGCGACGCCGUUAAGCGAUUUUCGUGGCAGCUACACCAUCACAGAUGACGAGUGUUAAAAUGGAGUUGCAUUCGCAUUGGCGGCUGCAAAUAGACAUGGCAGCAUGGCAAUUAUUUUUCCGACUGAAAAUUACAGCAUAAAUUUACGAAUGCUAUGCAAAGCGCAGAAAUUUGGCGAAACGACGAAACGAGCAAAAUAGUAACUAUUGUUACCUUUACAUAUAAAUAUUUGAGUAACGGAAUGAAUGUGUUGGACUUUGGUGAAUGUACAUAGAUAUCCAUAUGUAAAUAUUAGGUACGAAUGAUGGAGUGUGCUCACAUGGCGUGAUAUUUAUUCAGAUGUGGUUGCCAUAUGGCGCUAAAUGUAGCUAUAAAGUUCAUACAUGUAUAUAUGUAGCUAAACAUACAUACACACAUAUAUACUUUACAGACAAAGUACAUUGACAGAAGUUUAUUAUAAGUUUCCACAUGCAGUACCAGCGUCCAGCAGCAGACAAUUGAAAAAGUUAGUCAAUUCGAGCGGAAAUCUUAAGCAAAGGUUAUGGCGAACUUCAGCAAUAAAUAUGUUCGUGUUUCGAAAGCAUUUAUUUUAGCAGAGAAGUUUGCUCUAAAGAAGACAUAGUUUUGUUUCCUAAGCAGGCUGAGGGAAGUGGUGGAAGACAGUAGUGGCAAAGCCCACUCCACUACUUUUCUACAUAUAAGAAAUAACAAAAAACUUUUGUAAUUUACCUACAGACAGUGCAAUUUAGGAUUAUUUUUAGACAUCCAAGCAGGUGGUUUUGUUUUAUUUAGAUACAAAAAUACGAAGCUUUGCAGCACAAUCCUGCAUAAUAUGUUAGCAAGAAUGCAUUCACAUAUGCAUAUCAACAGACUACUCUAUUAGCAAUUAACAGUUGUCAUUGUUUCGUUUAAACUGUUAUUCUCAUUAGUGAAAUCAAAACAAACAACAGCUGAUUGUGAAGCAAAAGCAAAUUUAACUAACGUGUUUCUUUGUUAUAACAAACGUAAGCAAUUAAAUAUGGUACUAAUUACGCAAUUUAAAUCGGAAUAUUUACAACUAACUGAACUGAAACCUUAAUUGAAAAAAAUUGUAAAAAGUGUUCACGUUGUCAUAAAAAUUCUAGAAAAAAUGUAUUUUAUAUUUGAUGCCCAAACAAUUGUUAAUUGCGCAUAUAAUAACAUUAAUUACAACCAUCAAAAUACAAUUAACGACUUAAUUGAUACCAAAUUACUAAAUUUCGAUUUAUAUGCCAAAUUUAUUUCACUUAUCGAAAGAGAACUGAAAAAAGACUAAACUAUCUGCAUAAUUUCGCUUAGUUUUGGAACGCCCUUUAAUAAAAUUCACACUAAAAUAUAUAUUGUACAAUUUUAAGAUAAAACGUUCUUAAUUAUAUCUCAACGUAGCCUUUGCACACAGCCAAAUUAAUUGAUCAAUUCAAAUUUUUAUUGAGAAUUUUUAUUGCCCUUCACACUGUCGGCUACUGAUCAGCUGUUAUACAUUUUUGUUUUUGCCUUUCAUAAGAAGUUGAUACGUUUCAUCAGCUGUUUGCUAUUUUUAGCAGCGACAUCUACCGUGAACAACAACUCACUGACAAAGAAUGUAUACAUAAUUACAAAUAUGGUCUUUGACGCAGAGUUGCAUUUUAUUUUCAAGUCGAUGGAAAUUCAAUCAAAAAUUAAUGGAAAUUUUUAUUUUGGAUGGUAAAUCGAACUUAGCGUUUUAAUCGAACGGAGGCCGGUUAUUUGAUCAAUUAUCUCCUGUGUGAAAAGACUAUAAAGUUUUAUUUUAUUUUUUUAAAUUUUGUAUUAACAAUUCCAUUUAAUUAAGGCAAAGCCUAAUUCAAUUUCUAUAAACAUGCAAUGAAUUCAAUUAAUUAAUUAAUUACUUAAUGAAUGAGACAUACACUUUUUAGGCACGGCAAAAAAUACAAUUCGACCGCAUUCAGUCAGGCAAAAGAAAACGCUUGUGCAAUUAUAUCAAAUAUUUACGAUUUUUUAUUGUCAAUAAUAGCAUGCGCAACUGUUACUAUUCUUCCAAAGAGCUAUUAAUAUAAAAAAUGCCACACAUUUGAUUAAAUUAGCAGUGAAAAGCUGCAUAAUAGCUACACUCGCACUACUUAAUUGACGUUGAAUGAAUUAUGUUCUUACUGGAAUUGACAGGGAAAAACAAUCUAAAUAGCAAUAUGUGCACGUCGGCAUUUCGAAAGGCGCAUGCAUUGCAUAACAAAGGUGUGCAUAAUUUGUAAUCGAAACAAUUAACACGUGUGUAUGUUAACAGCUAGAAAUUUCCUCGUAA